CAAUCCAAGCACGAGCCAGCACUUUUUACGGUUUCAACCCUCACCUUUUCGCGAAUUCCACCUCCCCGAACAAGGGAUCUCGCCGCCGCCGUGAUCCCCCCGCGCGGCGAGGAGGGAGGAGGAUGUCGUCCGCCGCGCGGCGCGCCAGCCACCCGGCGCUGGUAAACGGGGACGGGGAGUACGGGCGGGAGGACGAGGAUGAGGAGGAGGAGGAGGAGGGGGAGGAGGGGGACGAGCCGGAGGAGGAGCCGCGGCUCAAGUACCAGCGGCUGGGCGGGAGCGUGCCGGCGAUCCUCUCCACCGACGCCGCCGCCGCCAUCGCCGUCACCGACCGCGCCGUCCUGCUCGGCACCCACGACGGCACCCUCCACAUCCUCGACUUCCAGGGCAACCAGUCAAAGGAGAUCAAGGCUCACACAGCAACCAUUAAUGACAUCAGUUUUGAAGAUCGUGAAUAUAUAGGAAGCUGCUCAGAUGACGGCACAGUAGUAAUAAGCAACCUCUUCACUGAUGAGAAACUCAAGUUUGAGUACCAUCGCCCCAUGAAAGCAAUUGCUUUAGACCCUCAGUACUCCCGGAGCAACAAUAGAUUUGCUACAGGUGGCUUAGCAGGUCAAGUACUUGUGCUGACAAAGAAGAGUUGGGUGUCAGGCUAUAACAAAAAGGUUCUGCGUGAGGGUGAAGGGCCGAUCCAUUCUAUGAAGUGGAGGACAGAUCUUCUUGCCUGGGCUAAUGAUGCAGGGGUGAAAGUGCAUGAUAUGAAAACGGACAGAGGAAUUGCAUUCAUAGAGAAACCAAAAGGAAUUCCUCGGCCAGAGGUUUUACUUCCUCACUUGGUCUGGCAGGACGACACAGUUUUAGUUAUUGGGUGGGGAACAAGUGUCAAGAUUGCUGCAAUUCGAACAGAUUCAUCUCAAGGACUCAAUGGAAUGCAAAGGAGUAUUUCAGCAGCAAGUUCUGAGAAGUAUGUUGAUAUUGUGGGCUCUUUCCAAACUGGCUACCACAUAUCUGGAAUUGCUCCAUUUGGCGAUCUUUUGGUUAUGCUUGCUUAUAUCCCCGAAGAGGAUGAUGGAGAUAAAAAAAUUAGUACUUCUGUUUCUUCACGCCAGGGAACAGCGCAGCGUCCAGAAAUACAUCUUGUAUCAUGGAAAAAUGAUGUGCUUACUACUGAUGCUCUGCCCAUUCAUGGUUAUGAGCACUAUAAGGCAAAGGAUUACACUCUCGCUCAUGCACCUUUCUCAGGAAGUAGCAAUGCGGGUGGACAGUGGGCUGCUGGCGAUGAACCGCUGUAUUACAUCGUCUCUCCUAAGGAUAUUGUGGUAGCAAAGCCAAGAGAUACUGAAGACCAUAUUGCGUGGCUUCUUCAACAUGGUUGGCAUGAAAAGGCAUUGGCUGCAGUUGAAGCAGGACAAGGGAGGACUGAGCUUCUUGAUGAGGUGGGCACAAGAUACCUUGAUCACUUGAUCAUUGAAAGAAAAUAUGCUGAAGCAGCGCAACUCUGUCCAAAGUUACUGCGAGGAUCUCCUUCAGCAUGGGAGAGGUGGGUCUUUCACUUUGCUCAUCUCCGCCAGCUUCCUGUGUUGAUCCCUUACAUACCCAUAGAGAAUCCACAGCUGAGUGAUACCGCUUAUGAGGUUGCUCUUGUAGCUUUAACUACCAAUGCGUCUUUUCACGAACUUCUCUUGACUACAAUAAAAAGUUGGCCAACUACAUUAUACUCUGCUUCACCAGUCAUAUCUGCUAUUGAGCCACAGCUCAAUUCCUCAUCGAUGACUGGCUCAUUAAAAGAGGCUUUAGCUGAGUUGUACGUGAUCAACAGUCAAUAUGAAAAGGCCCUUUCUCUCUUCGCUGAACUGCUGAAGCCUGAAGUAUUUGAGUUUAUCGAGAAGCACAGUUUGCAUGAUGCCAUUCAUGAUAAGGUUGUCAAUCUUAUGCUAUUGGAUGGUAAAAGGGCAGUCCAUCUAUUGAUCCAACAUCGUGAUAUCAUUCCCCCGUAUGAAGUCGUGGAGCAACUGUUGCAUGCGAGUAAAAGUUGCGACAGAAAAUAUCUGUUGCAUCAGUAUUUGCAUGCUUUGUUUGAGGUAGACAUACAUGCUGGAAAAGAUUACCAUGAUAUGCAGCUGGAGCUUUAUGCGGAUUAUGAGCCAAGGAUGUUGCUACCCUUCCUUCGUACCAGCCAGCAUUACAGGCUUGACAAGGCAUAUGAAAUAUUUGCACAAAAAGAAUUUGUCAAGGAGCAAGUUUUUGUUCUUGGUCGUAUGGGAAAUGCUAAGGAAGCGCUUUCUACAAUUAUAAACAAACUGGAAGACAUACAGGAGGCCGUUGAAUUUGUUACGGAGCAACAUGAUGAUGAAUUAUGGGACGAACUGAUAAGACAGUGCCUCCAAAAGCCUGAAAUGGUUGGGAUGCUGUUGGAACAUACUGUCGGCAAUCUUGACCCUCUGUACAUUGUCAGUUUGGUUCCAGAUGGGCUAGAAAUACCCAAAUUGCGGGAUCGCCUUGUGAAGAUUGUGACAGACUAUCGAACAGAAACUUCACUGCGACAUGGAUGCAACGAUAUACUAAAGGCCGAUUGUGUUAAUCUUUUGGUCAAAUACUACCAUGAGGCUCGGCGUGGGGUCUGCAUGGCAAGCAUGGACGAGGAGGCACAAGGAGCCAGAGUCAAUGAAGGAUCUUCGCGAACAGGCGACAGAUCAUCGACUUUACGUAAUCUAGAGAUGAAAUCCAGAACGAGAUGUGGUGCUCGAUGCUGCCUGUGCUUCGACCCUUUGUCCAUCCAGGACAUGUCAUUCAUCGUGUUCUAUUGCUGCCAUGCGUAUCACCAGUCUUGCCUCGAAGGCGGACUGGACUCGAUGAAAUCAAACAGCAACGCCCGGGACAGCGACGAUGGGUCGGAGGACGACGACGGUUCCCCCUCGGGCGAGUCUAGAAUGCGGUGUGUGCUGUGCACCACAGCCGCCGCAUAAGUUAUACUCCCUCAUUGAGCUGUCCAUAUUCUGAUGUGUUGUGUUGUAAGUUUUGAGCCCUGUAAUUAUUGCAUUGCGCUCUUCUGGGGUUGAUGCAUAUGUAACAACAAUAGGUUGUUGAUUCUUUGAGGGGGAGCUGUGUGCGUCCUCCGCAUGGGUUUUCUGUAAAUUUGGCGCGCUACCUGAGUUUGAGCAAGGUUUUAACGGCAUUUCUUUUUUCCUCAAUGCCACGCUUGCCAGAUCAUGCAAUGUUCAUGAAGACUUGUUGUUUUGAAGAAAGUGGGAUGAGCAAUUUUAUUUUUGGUGUAAUAUAUAUUUGUUUUCCUA